AACAGUUCUUCAUUUAGACAACAGUUCUUCAUUUAGACAACAGUUCUUCAUUUGCAACAGUCCUUCAUUUGGAGGAGCUCAGAGCGAAAGAUGAGGAUCCUGCUGGUUCUGCUGCUGGUGGCUGUGGUCAGUGCUAAACAGUACGAGCGCUGCGAGUGGGCCAGAUAUCUGAAGAACAAUGGGAUUGGAUUGGCCUACUGGGGCUACAGUCUGGCCAACUGGGUUUGCCUGACUCGGCAUGAGUCAAACUUCAAUACCGAUGCGAUCAACCACAACACCGACGGAUCCACAGACUAUGGCAUCUUCCAGAUCAACAGCCGCUGGUGGUGUGACAAAGGUGAUGGCACACCUACUGCAAAUGGAUGCAACAUCAAAUGCAGCAGUCUCCUGAGUGAUGACGUCAGUGUGGCCAUCAACUGUGCCAAACGCGUGGUCAGGGAUCCGAACGGCAUGAGUGCUUGGGUGGCCUGGCGCAAAUAUUGUGAAAACCAAGAUCUGAGCCCCUACUUGGCGGGAUGUGGUCUGGUCUGAAGGCACGUGGGACCAAGACUCAAUAAUUCUCCUACAAAGAUGAAACGUUUCUCUCUUUAGCAACUGUUUAAAAGACAGUUCUACUUUUUACAGAUUUGUUUCUUCAUUAACAAUUAAAUAACGCAUUGAUUUUCAUUAUGAUUGAUUAAUAAUAAAAGCCUACUGUAUAUCCUC